UGUCUCUCUUUUUUCUUUUCUGUUAUAAUAGUUACUUCUUCUUAUUACCGUAUGCGACUGUUGCUUGGAUCUGAAGCUUGACUUUGUAUAGUCAAGAAUCAUGGGUGUUCCGAAUAGAGGCCCUGAGCUUCAGGCAGUGUGUUACACACUGCUUGUCUCUUCUGUUAUAGCAGUUGGACUAAGAAUCUAUGUUCGUACGCGGAUGGUCAAGAACUUUGGUAUGGAUGAUUGGACAAUGUGUGCUGCUCUUGUCACAUUCCUAUUGUUUUGCACAAGUUCCCUUAGUGGUGUCACGCACGGAACCGGUCGUCACCGAAGUGACCUCGAUCCAGCAGAUUAUAUCAAAGCGAGAAAUUGGUGGUGGUGGUGCUAUCUGUGGUACUGCCUAACCAUGAUUACUUCAAAGAUAUCCAUCGGCAUCACCCUUCUUCGAAUCACCAACCGAAAGAUGGACAUCUGGAUCCUUUACGGCACAAUGGCCAUAACACUCUGCACCGGAAUCGUCUUUUUCUUUGUCACCCUCUUCCAAUGCUGGCCCAUCUCGUAUUUCUGGAACACGAACCAAGACGGAAAAUGCGUCAGCCCCGACGUCAUCAUCGCCCUCACAUAUCUGUACAGUGUCUUCAGUGUCAUCUCCGACUUUACCUGCGCCAUCCUGCCCAUCUUCUUGAUAUCCAAGCUCAACAUGGGAAAAAAGACAAAGCUUGCUGUGAUUCCUCUAUUUGCCAUGGCUUGCGUGUUAGUAACUCCUCAUUAUUCUUUUGUACCCCAGCUCACACCAUACAGGGCCAGCUCAGCCGUUGUCGUUCGUUUCGCCUUUGUUAAGGAUUUCAAGAACCCAGACUUCUUGUGGGCAACGGUCGAUAUCGCCAUCUGGUCGGCCACAGAACAAGGUCUUGCCAUCACCGCCGGCUCCUUGGCAACUUUGAGGCCUUUGCUUCGAUUACUCGGCCGCAAGCUUGGCAUAACGACAUCGGGACGGUCUGAAUUGAAAGACACGGAUCAGCGAACAGGAACAGGGCUAGGACAGUUUGGUCCUUCGAGGGCUACCAACAGCGGCAAUAAGAAGAGCGAUCUUUUUGGGCUCGCUACAUUCGCACGGGAGGACGACUUGAACGGCCACGGGCGAGACUGCGAGGCAGCUUACGCUGGGAAGGACCAUUUUGGUAGACCGUCGGCGGAGAGAACAGUAGUGUCGACGUGGGACUCUCGAAGGGGUACAGGCAACUCGAGUGAGGAAGAGUUGACGCCAGGUCUGAGACCCAAGAGCAGUGGUGCAGUCAAGGUCACUACCACGUUCAAGGUAGAGGAGGACAGGAUUUGA